CGCGUGUUCACGCCUGUUCCCCGAUCAUGGCGGCUCCACAUUAGUGCCGUGAAUUCACGUGCGAAUUCAUGCCGUGAAUUCACGGCACAAGUCGUGCCCUCCACAUUCACGGGAUGCUCACAAUCGUUCGUGAAACCCGUUACAAAAUGGACGUAGAAGCUGCUGCUGCAAUAACUUUGUUUGCUAGGGCAACAUAUCACUAUUUAGAUGUACAAAACAAGAAAGUAAUUAGAAAGCGUUGGAAAAAAAGAACAUGGUGGAUGACUUCAAUACAUCGUAACCGAUCAAGACUUUCUAUGGAGAAGCAGUUAUCAGAAUUACAUUUUGAACCCAGUGGCGAAUUUAAAAAAUUUACUCGUAUGUCAACAGUUUGA